UAGGGGACAGACUGUGGAAGUGUGCAAAAUGUAGAGUACUUGAGCAAUCCCACAGUGAUUUCACCCAGAGUGAAUGGAACAGGCGUCUGUUAACUCCUCUUGAAAGAAGAAAAGGUUUCUCUUGACAUCACAAUGAGCAGUCGAGUGGAUGAUGUUAUGCAGCUUUGCUGUGAGGUCUCAGCCAGCAGGAAGAUGAAAGCAGCCGUGAAGAGCUCUGAAAAGCGAGCUGCAGCGCCUGCGGAGGUGCUUUUGUAGGGGGAAUGAUUGGAGGCGCAUGCCGGCAUAGCUGUUGGUGGUACUUUGGGAGGUCUUCUGGGAAUUUGGAUGACCAGUGGCCAGUUCAAGCCUCUUCAAGAGAUCAUCAAGGAGCUGCCUUCAAAAUAUAAGGAGAAACUGUACUCUGAUGUCAUGGGUGCACUGGGCACACUGGACUGGACAGAAGUGGCUGGCCUCAUUGCUCUGGUCAUGGGCAGUGCUACUCUGCAAGAGCAAGUGCUUGUUGCUAUACUCGCCCCAAAAGAGCUCAAGGCUGAAGUGCGGUAUGGAAACUGACCCCUAGAGGGUUGAUCUCACCAGCCAGUGGUUCUCAAUCCCGCAUCCCGUUGCUUUUACAUUUA